AUGUCAACAGAUGUGCCAACAGAUGCACUAACGAAAAUAGUUUUACCUGCAUCUACUAUUGAAUGGGCUAUGUGGGCUAAUGAACAUGUUUUAUUAACCGGUUAUAUAUUAGGUACAUUUAGUAUUUUAACAAUUAUUCUUCAAUUUUCAUUAUGGCCUAUCGGUAUCUAUGGACUUAUUCUUGCAGUAUUUAUUAUUAUUAUCGAAUAUCCACGUAGUGGACGUAUUGUUAAGAAAUCAAAACCACGACCACUACAAAAAUAUCCAUCAGUAUUACUUACAAAAUUAGGUCCAUUAACUCGAAAUUAUUUUAUUCGUUUUGUUCUGUACAUUUUACUUAGUCUACCUUGUCUUUUUCUUAUAUCAACUAUUACACCUGCAAUAUCAUUGUUCAUUGGUGCUGGUGCCUAUGGUUUAGCAGCACUUUAUCAAGAACAAUGGAAACCAGUUGAACCCAAAACAACAGAUGAUGCAGUACCAAUGCCAACACGACCUCCUCCACGUGCUCAUGCAUAUAAUACUCUAUACAAUGCUUAA